AUGCACGGAAGAGCAAUGGCUUGUAUUGUUGAAGGCACUCAACUUUUCACAUAUGGAGCACUCAAUGGGAAAGCAUUUAGAAGAAAAGAAUCAGUGACUAUUGAUUUGAAUUCAAUUAAAGUAAGAAUGCUAAAACCAAGAAGAAAGCGUGCUGGAGGAGGUUUAUCUCAAUUGGUGGGCAAAUUUAUGUUUUUGAAGUUCUAA